AUGAUCAAAGCUCUCAUGAGAUAUUUGAAAACCGAUCAACCAUUAUGGAUCGGAGUCGGCUUCGCCAUCGUCAUGCUUUUCUGCUCGAUUAUCCAGACUAUCGUAAGCAAUGCAUAUCAGCAGCGAGUCUUCGAGCUGGGAAUGCACGUGCGGAGCGUCGUGACUGCUGCCGUUUAUGAAAAAUCACUGCGGCUCUCGCCGGGAGCUCGUCGGGACAAGACUGUUGGAGAAAUCGUGAAUUUGAUGUCGAACGAUGCGCAAACCCUGCGGGACACUGUGCGCACCUGCCACAACGUUUGGUCAACACCCGUGCAAAUAUUCGCCGCGACUGCGCUCAUCUACCUCGACAUGGGCGUCUCAGUGGGAGCCGGUCUAUUGCUCAUGAUUGUUCUGCUGCCUGUCAGCGGAUGCCUGGCUUCCUUACAAAAGGCUGUUCUGGCUGAGCAGAUGAAAGAUAAGGACGGCAGGAUCAAGGUCAUGAAUGAAAUUCUGAACGGCAUUAGGGUGCUGAAAUUAUACGCCUGGGAAUACGGCUUCAAAAGAGUGGUGGACGCCAUUCGUUCGCGAGAGCUGUCGAAGCUCAAGAAAAUCGCUUUCUUGCGAGCCAUCUUGACGAUGCUCUGGUACUUCGCGCCCUUUGCGGUGAGCUUCGUGACAUUCGCGGCCUUCAUUCUCCUGAACCGAGAUCGGAGAUUGGAGCCCGACAUAGCCUUCACCGCCCUGGCGCUCUACCAGCAGUUGCGCAUACCGUUGACGACGUUGCCCAAUUUGAUCAGUAACCUUAUUCAAGCGAGCGUUUCCUUGAGAAGAUUCGACGAGUUCCUCUCGGCUGAUGAGCUCAAACUCUGCGUGGAGGAACCGAGUGGAACGGACCUUGCUAUCUCGAUAAGGGGCGCAACUUUCUCUUGGGAAGGGAAAAAUGAAGUGUUGAAGGACAUAACUUUGGAGGUUUCCGACGGUGAGCUCCUCGCGAUCGUCGGUCGAGUAGGAGCAGGGAAGAGCUCGCUCAUUUCCGCGAUACUUGGAGAAAUGAACCUGCUGUCGGGAAGAGUGGGCGCUCGCGGCAAAGUUGCUUAUGUCUCCCAGCAAGCCUGGCUGCGUAACGACACGCUCAGAGAGAACAUACUCUUUGGGCAACCCUACGACAAACGGCGGUAUUGGGAAAUUUUGCGUCGCUGCGCGCUACUUGAGGACAUCAAAAUGCUUCCAGCCGGUGAUCAGACGGAAAUCGGUGAAAAAGGCAUCAAUCUCUCCGGUGGCCAGAAGCAGCGAAUCAGCAUCGCUCGUGCAGUGUACGCUGAAGCGGAUAUCUAUCUCUUCGACGAUCCUCUAUCUGCCGUGGACUCUCAUGUUGGGCUCAAGAUAUUCUCGAUGAUCAUCGGUAAGGAGGGGAUUCUCAGGGGGAAAACCAGACUUCUCGUCACACACGGUGUACAGUAUCUGACGGAUGUCGAACGCGUGGUCGUUAUGAAGGGAGGUCGUAUAUCCCAGAGCGGGAAGUUUGCGGAGCUCAUGCGUUCGAAAGACGACUUCCGGAGCCUGAUUCGUCAAAUCAGUCAGCCCGCACACGAUACAGGUAAAGACACAGAAGGGCUGAACCGGCAACAGUCCAUGCUCAGGGGGAUGUCAGUGAUCUCGGGCAUGGACUUGGAAAACGGAAGAGUCGUCACGGAAGAACACACAGGAACCGGCAAAGUCAAACGCAGAGUUUACGGAAAGUUCUUGCGGGAAAUCGGAUUUUUCCCGGCAGCGAUCGUCAUGUUGACCAUGCUCGGCGCAACAGCGUCCCAGGUCGGAUCCAGCUUCUGGCUGACCGAGUGGUCGAAGGACAAGUCCACAGAGAACGGGACCUACAAUCUGAUGAUCUUCGGCUUUCUGGGAGUCGGUCAAGCUAUUGGCCUGUUUCUUGGAGUACUCUCUAUUUCUCUUUCGACAUUGUCUGCUUCGAGGAUGCUACAUGACAAUCUUCUCAUGUCGAUUCUCCGAGCUCCGAUGUCGUUCUUCGAUUCAACACCGAUUGGUCGCAUCGUCAAUAGGUUCUCGCGCGACGUCGAGGUCUUGGAUUCAAAUCUUCCGCAAGACAUAAGAGUUUUGGUCCAACAGCUGCUCAGUCUCUUAUCGAUCCUAUUCGUCAUUUGCUUCAAUAUGCCGUUCUUCAUCCUCGUCGUGAUUCCAGUGGGAGUCGCAUACUAUCUAGUUCAGCUUCUGUAUAUAAGUUCAUCACGGCAGCUCAGGCGCUUGGAAUCCACUUCGAGAUCACCGAUAUUCUCGCAUUUCGGUGAAACACUCCAAGGGUCCUCGAUCAUCCGGGCCUACGGUAGAACCGAGGACUUCAUACGCGAGUCGAAUGAGCGAAUAGACUUGAAUGCCUCGUCUUACUUCCCUCAAAUCGCCGCGAACAGGUGGCUUAGUAUUCGAUUGGAUCUCUGCGCUGCCUCCGUGAGUUUCGCGACUGCCGUGUUCGUUGUUCUGUCUCGUGGGGCCAUCGACAACGGCAUCGCAGGCCUCUGUCUCGCGUACGCAAUCCAGGCAACUUCGAGCUUGAAUGCAUUCAUGAGGUCCAGCGCCGAUGUCGAAGUCAACAUCGUCUCUGUGGAGAGACUGACAGAGUACAUAUCUCUGAAGAGUGAGGCCAAAUGGACAAGGAAUCCCCCGCGGCAUGGUUGGCCAUCGAGGGGAGCAGUCGAGUUCGAAAAUUACUCUACUAGAUACCGGGAGGAUCUCCCUUGCGUCGUUCGCGACAUCAGUUUGAAAAUCAACGCUGGUGAAAAAGUCGGGAUCUGCGGACGGACCGGCGCCGGGAAGAGCUCGUUGACGCUGGCGCUCUUCCGGAUAAUCGAGGCUUGUCAAGGGAGAAUAAUCAUCGAUGACAUUGCGAUCGCAGACAUUGGCGUUCAUGAUCUCCGCAAAAAGCUCUCCAUUAUUCCACAAGAUCCGAUCUUAUUCUCCGGAACCCUGCGCUUGAAUCUCGACCCCUUCGGAGGGCAUAAAGAUGAAGAACUUUGGCACGCCAUCGAGCACGCUCACCUCAAAAGAUUCGUCGCUAAACAAGACAAAGGUCUCGAUUUCGAAAUAUCCGAAGGCGGUGAGAAUCUCUCGGUCGGACAACGUCAGCUCUUGUGCUUAGCGAGGGCCUUGCUGAGGAAUAGCAAGAUAUUGGUGUUGGACGAGGCAACGGCUGCUGUUGACGUUCUGACCGACUCUCUGAUCCAAGAGACGAUUCAGACCGAGUUCGCCAGCUGCACCAUAAUCACAAUCGCUCACAGAAUCAACACGAUCAUCAACUACGACAAGAUACUCGUAUUGGACGCCGGUGAAGUCCGUGAGUUCGAUUCCCCACAAAACCUGCUCGCUGAUACAUCCUCACUGUUCUCGGCGAUCGUCAACGAAUCCAAGAGCAAAUAG